AUGUCCGCACCAUCCGUUUCGUGCUUCGGCAAGAAGAAGACGGCCACCGCCGUCGCCCACUGCAAGGAGGGCAAGGGUCUCAUCCGCCUCAACGGCCAGCCCAUCUCGCUCGUCCAGCCCGAGAUCCUCCGAUGGAAGGUCUUCGAGCCCGUCCUCGUUGUCGGUGAGGACAAGUUCUCCACCGUCGACAUCCGCCUCCGUGUUUCGGGUGGUGGUGCCACUUCGCAGAUCUACGCUAUCCGCCAGGCCAUCGCCAAGUCGCUCGUCGCCUACUACGCCAAGUACUACGACGCCGCCUCGGCCCUUGAGCUGCGCCAGCUUUUCGUCGCCUACGACCGCACUCUGUUGAUCGCCGACACCCGACGAUCGGAGCCCAAGAAGUUCGGUGGUCACGGUGCACGUGCUCGUCGCCAGAAAUCGUACCGUUAA